GCCUAAUCGUAAGUGUAAUAAAAACCAUAUCAACCAAGGAUUAGGAUCCUACCUAAACUGGGAUCACCGCACUCUAUAUUUAACCAAGACUCUGCUUCUUUUUUUUUUUUGAAUUCUGAUUUCUUUCUCGUCUUCUGGUUCUUGAAGUUCUUGCUCUCUCUGUAACAAUGGCGACUUCAUGUUACUCUGCUUCCGACCCUCCCAAUCCAGAGACUCCUUGCGUGCCUCCUUCUUACUCUCUUCGACGACAACAAGAAGCCGACCUCUGCCAUUAUUUCGGCAACGUUCGGGUAACAGUGGACGAAAGCAGCACUAGUUCUCCGGGUUCGUCUUCAUAUGCUACUCCCACCAAAAUCCAACAAGCACAAUCUGAUUUUUAUCCGAGAUACGAAAGCGGGUUCAGAAAUUGUCCGAGAGCUCCAAUGGCAUUGUAUUCACAGAGUAUAUGGGGAGGCAAUAGUGUGAGCGCUGGAGGAAACUUUAUGGGUUCAAACAAUCUGAAUGUCCAUCAACUAAUCGGCAAUCCGGCGACAGAAGAAGGGACAAGAGCAAAUUGGAGUGUUGGAGCAACAUCAACAUCUUUGGGCAAUUGGGCACACCAGCUGAGCCCUUUUGGUAAUAGCGAUUGGAACCAAAAUUAUGGAGGACAAAAUUACAGGGGCAAUGUUGAAGGGACUGGAUUAUAUUAUUUCAAUGGUAAUAAUUGGGCCCAAAGUUCAGGAAUACCUAGUGAGAUAGCUCGACUCGCUAUGACUCAACUCGGAUCGCAGGCCUUGGUACAGAGGCUGAUAACUCCCAGCGACCCAUUAGCAAAGAGUACGGUACUCGAAGGGGUUUUUGGUUCCUUAUUCGAGGUGAUGUGUGACUUUCAUGGACACUAUGUUUUUCGGAAGCUUGUUGAAUCAUGCAAUCACAGUCAGUUGAGACUCAUUGUGGCUAAGAUAACUUUGAAUUCUGAACCACUCAUCAACAUAUCAGUCUGCAAUUAUGGCUCAAAAUCAAUUCAAACGCUGAUCAAGGUGCUCGAGAAAUCGUCCCUGAUAUACACUUUGACAUCAGCUCUAUCUUGUGUUGUCGAAGAACUGAUGACCAAUCGUACAGGAUCCCGUGUCAUCUUGAAGUGCUUAAACCAACUUGACAUUGAGAAAAAUAAGAAAAUAUAUGAAGCUGUUGUGAGGCUUUGUGUCCGACUGGCUCAGCACGAAAGGGGAUGCAUACAUUUGAAUGAGUUCAUCACCAACAGUAAAACUCCAUACAGAGAGAAACUCAUGGACAAAGUCUCGAGCAACUCAAAAUUCCUUUCUCAGGAUCCUUCAGGGAACUAUGUUGUCCAGCACAUCUUCACGCUAUAUAACCCAGUCUUCUCUGCAAAGAUAUGCUUUGAGCUUCGAAAUCUUUACAUACAACUCUCAUUGCAAAAAGGCGGGAGUCACGUUGUAGAGAUGUGCUUAAACUCUUUGGGAAUGGAAGUUGUAGUGAAUGUUUUUCUGAAGUAUGACAAACUCUGGCAAGUUGCGCGAGAUCAGUAUGGAAACUACGUGAUCCAAACAGCAUUGAAGGCCACAAAGCGCAAAAAUAGCCCCCUUCAUCAAAUGCUUCUAGAAAAGCUCAACAAAGAUCGAAGUGAACUCAUGGUUGGGUUUGGAAGGAAAGUGCUGAGCGUCAUUGACAAAGGGAUCCCCCUAGAGUAGUAAUUGUGAAUGGUUGAUCAACAGCCGGUUGACGAUGAUGUUGUUUAACAUUUGCAUAUAUUUUGUUUGUUAUUCUGUUGAAAAGCCGCGAAUUGAACUCAAAGAGGGGAUGAGUGGAUCUAGUAUAAUAUAAUUUGUACACUGAAUCAUAGUGGAAAAUAUAGGAGGGCUGGCUGCUCAUGUAUUGUGUCUGCUAAGUUGGUGUUCUUCUGAUACUAGUGCAUCUGCAGCAAUGUAUGUCGUUUGAGUCUGGAAGAUUUCGGAACUGUGCG